GCGGGAAUGUACGGCUGAUUUGGCGCCUGCUCCACAGCCAUCGUGAAACAAGCAGUUCUUCCAAGACUGUUCAGAGGGGCCAAUCUCGGACGCAGCGACCGAGGAGUAUCAAUCGUGGAGUAUGAGCUGAAGAACUGGGCGUGAAAAUAUUCUGGGGCGGAAGGCACGAUCGGCGUGUGAUUGGUCCGUUUGUACGCCUUGGCGACUGCUUGAUCUGGACCUUGCGAAGGCAGCUCCGAACGCGCAUACAGCCUCACCUACACAUUCUCCUGUCGCAUCCUCCAUACGCCGUCAGCUUUAAUUUCGGCGGCGCCGUACUCGCAAUACAUAUAGAACACUCCCUCGCAAGUACCUAGCAAGAAUGUCUUCCGCUGGAUACGACAGGCAUAUUACCAUUUUCUCUGACCAAGGCCGUUUAUAUCAAGUGGAGUAUGCCUUCAAAGCCAUCACCGCGGCAAACAUCACCUCGGUGGGCGUACGAGGGAAGGACUGUGCGGUCGUAGUCACGCAAAAGAAAGUGCCGGACAAGCUCAUCGACCCCUCCUCCGUCUCCUACGUAUACAAGCUGUCACCAUCAGUAGGAUGUGUCAUGACAGGGUCAAUAGCAGACGCCAGAGCCAAUGUUACUCGAGCGCGAGGAGAAGCCGCUGAGUUCAGAUACAAGUACGGCUACGAGAUGCCAUGCGAUGCACUCGCAAAGCGACUUGCAAACAUCAAUCAGGUGUACACGCAGAAGGCUUACAUGCGUCCGCUCGGCAUCGCCAGCACACUCAUCUCUGUUGAUGCGGAGUUCGGCCCACAGUUGUACAAAUGUGACCCUGCUGGAUACUACGUCGGAUACAAGGCAACGGCGACCGGCCCGAAGAUGCAGGAGGCGCUCAACUUUCUGGAACGCAAAUUAAAGAAUAAGGAUCACGCCGAGGGCACAUGGGAAGACGUCGUGGAGCUCGGCAUCACGACACUGGCCUCUGUUCUCAGUGUGGACUUCAAGAAAGGAGAGCUCGAGGUUGGCAUUGUUGGAGGUCCGAAAAUAGACGGAACGGAAGGUACCACAACGGAGUUCAGGGCGUUGACAGAGGACGAGAUUGACGAGCGAUUACAAGCCAUCGCCGACAAGGACUAGAAAUAAUUGCGCACAUCCAGUCAUGUCGCCAAAUUAUGGCGUAGGGAGUUGGUCCGGAACAAUCAGUAGCAACUAAGGCGCAUCUAGGCCGACCAUUGCAUAAGAGGUUAUUCAAGCCAAAGAUCGACCGUCCACACCCGUGCCUUACAUGCUCCAACGGUCCGAGGGAAUUUCGUCUGCAUCGCCCGAUUCCGUGCAGCGAUACCAAUCGUAAGUUCAGACAAUCGUCCCACGCGUGCGGGCCGGGUUUGCCCAAUGUAGCAUCUAGGUGCAUAAUCUACUAAUGUCCGCCAUAGCGGCCGAUCUCUCGAAUCAAAUGGCAAAGUGUGGCUAUGCCGCGGUAUAUCAGCACUCAAAACGUGGUAUCUUUACUUUUCACAAAGCCAGCCACAGUGCGACACUUCCAGGCUGAUGGUACAUGGUAAACGCAGUUUAACACUGUCCGCUAGUGGUGAAUUUUUCGUGGGCCGAUCCAAUGGCAUGCGCUGACCACCCAAGCACUCACGACAAGC